AUGAGUCAGCUGGACACAGGAGACCACUGCUCGUUCCGCGACGUGGAUCAGCUGAUGAAGACCUUGCAGCUGGCCGUCCACAUCCCUACCUUCCUCCUGGGCCUGAUCCUCAACCUACUGGCCAUUCGUGGCUUCAGCACCUUCCUGAAGAAGAAGCGGCCAGACUGUGCGGCCACCUCCAUCUACAUGAUCAACCUGGCUAUCUUUGACUUGCUGCUGGUGCUCUCGCUCCCAUUUAAGAUGGUCUUGUCACGGGUACAGCCUCCCUCCCUGUCCUUCUGCACUCUGAUGGAGUGCCUCUACUUCAUCAGCAUGUAUGGGAGUGUCUUCACCAUCUGCUUCAUCAGCCUGGACAGGUUCCUAGCCAUCCAGUACCCGCUCCUAGUCAGUCACCUCCGGUCCUCCAGGAAGACCUUAGGGAUCUGCUGUGCCAUCUGGAUCCUGGUGUGGACUGGAAGCAUCCCCGUCUACAGCUUCCGGGGGAAAGUGGAAACAUACACAUGCUUCCAUAACAUGUCCGAUGGUACCUGGAGCACCAAGGUUGUCUUCCCCCUGGAGAUCUUUGGCUUCCUCCUUCCCAUGGGCAUUAUGGGUUUCUGCUCCUACAGGAGUAUUCACAUUCUGCUAGGCCGUCGGAACCACACUGAGGACUGGGUCCAGCAGAAAGCCUGCAUCUGGACCAUUGCAAUCAACCUUGUGGUCUUUGUGGUCUCCUUCCUCCCGGUACACCUGGGCUUCUUCCUGCAGUUCCUGGUGAGGAAUGGCUUUAUCCUGGAGUGUAGAGCCAAGCAGGGCAUCAGCUUGUUCCUGCAACUGUCCCUGUGUUUCUCCAACGUCAACUGCUGCUUGGAUGUUUUCUGCUACUACUUUGUCAUUAAAGAAUUUCGCAUGGGCAUCAUGGCUCACCGGUCUUCCAGGGGCCACCAGACCCGCCAGGACACCUUGAUUACGAGGGACUAA